CUAUAAGCAGCUUUACCUCUGCUCUGUGGUUUUUCAGGGAUCUGCAGGGGAUGUGCCAAAAUGUAGCUGCAGGCCAAGGAAAGUUCACCUGAAGGCUGAAAUAUUCAGGAAGCAUCUGGUGGAAUACUAUGCAGAAGAGAUCAAGAGGCUGAAGCACAAAGCUGAUGCCAUGACCAACAACACUGGCAAGGUCAUUCAGUACUUGGAUGCUGCCCUUUGCUUCAUUGAAUAUGGGAUGGCCCUGGAAUCAGAUGCACCAGCACCCAAAUCAGCUUCCAGUGUCUUCAGAGACACCAUCAAGCUCCUCAAAUUAAUCACAACAACGAAAUCUUUCUUGGAUUCCUCAUCAUCCUCACAUGAAAAAAUCCUUCUGGUGUUAAGCAUGCGCUGCCAGUCUGUCCUGCACAUGGCAAUGCUGCGGCACAAGAGAGGCACUGUGAGGAGGUAUUGCAGGAUCCUGAGUAACCAUUUUGAGAGAUCCCUUGACACUUGA